CUCGCGUGAAUUGGCCAAACCGCCUGUUACCGUCAGCUAGCGUCAGCUCGCUGGUUCGGAGCCGUUGAACUUCGCUGCUACCAGAACCGAGCUUUUUGCUACAAUUUCCCAGCAGAGACAACGUUUGGUUUAUGUUUAUGGGCCGGAACACAGCAGUGGACCUCCGGGUUUCCUGUUUUUACCUUCUGCUGUUUAUUGGGGCUGCCAACGGCUAACCCGACAGCAGCUAGCCUAUUAGCAUCGUUAGCUUCGGCUGCUGAGGAACCAGGAAGGAGGCGGCGGAGCUGCAGGCGUUUGGGCCCGAACCUUCCGCGGCUCCCCAGAACUCUCAUCCGGAUCAACAGAACCAGAACAUCUGCAGAAGGAGAAAGGACAGAAUCGACCCAGUCUGACUGCAGACAUGUCCAAGGUUCUGGAUUCUCCGUCCCGACCCAGAUCCCGGUCCAGAUCCAGAUCCAGGUCCUACUCCAGGUCCAGGUCUCGAAGCCACUCCCGCUCCAGAUCCAGGAAGCGCCACUACAGCUCCCGGUCCCGUUCCCGCUCCCACUCCCCGGGCUACAGGAACUACCCGUCCCGGGACUACCAGGGCAACAACAGAGGCUUCCGGGGUUACAACCGCGGCUACCGUCGGCCGUACUACUACCGCGGCCGUAACCGUGGCUACUACCCACGCGGCCACUACCAGAACCGAGGAAGGGGAGGCUAUGGCUACAAGUCCAACUGGCAGGGUGGCGGUGGCGGAGGCGGAGGCGGAGGCGGAGGCGGAGGCGGAGGCGGAGGCUGGCAUGACCGGCAGGAGCACCACAGCCCCAGGAGGCCCUACUCGCGCUCCCGCACGCCCAAGAAGCGCUCAGGAAGCCGCAGCCGCUCCCGCUACUCCGACCGCUCAUCCUCCGGCCGGUCCCGCCAGUCCCGCCACUCCAGCUACUCGUCCCGCUCCCGUUCCCGAUCUUCAUCCCGACGCCACGACAGCAAAAGUCGGAAGAAGUCCAAGGAUUCUAAAGACAAGCAGCCGGAGAGCCAGCCAGAGAAAUCGGCAACAGCCGCCGACGGCACCGUCAUCGCCAAAACGUCUGGCGGGAAGUGGAUCGACUAUGAUGCCAGCCCCAAGCGGCGCAGUCCGGACUCCAAAAAGGAGGACACUUUGGACCUGGAGGCCAAAGGCAGCGGCGGUCAGAUGUGGAAGACCGUCGGCUCCGUCUCUCCUCCAGGAAAGAGCCCCUCCAAGUCCGGACAGACGGCCUCCUUCAGCGGCUUCGGCUUCUUCUCCAAGGACGACACCAAACCUGGAGACAGCGCUGGGAUCUCCGCAGCUUUUAAAAAGUUCCUGGCUGAGAAGCAGCUGAAGAAGCAAGCAGCUGAGAAGGAGAGCAGCCGGGAGAAGGACGCAGACCCUGAGAAAAGCUCCAAGUCCUCCGACAUAUUCAGCAUCUCCGCAUCUCCGUACGCUGAUCCCAAAGACGACAAGACUCUGCCCUUCUUUGACCCGGGGGAGGAGGAGUUCCUGGAGUCGCAGGGCCUGAAGGACCGGAUCAUCAACGAAAACGCCGAUGGCAAACCCGUCCUUACAGAGCGCGACAUCUUUGGCAAAUGGGGCGACGAGCCGAACUACUCCACAUCCUAUCAGUCGGCCAAAGAGAAAGGCCGCAGAGAUGCAGAAGAAGAAGAGGCUGUUGAUGAAGCAGAGGAAGAGCUGUACCGGAGUCGCAAACACUCAUCCAAGAAGGAGGAGAAGUCCAAGAAGAAGGAGAAGAAGGAGAAAGAGAAGACCAAGAGGAGCCUGAGUCCUCCAACGACAUCCAAGGAGAAGGAGCGGCCGCUGUUCCCCGGCGCGUUCCCCUCUCUGGAGCCAUCUCCUCCGCAUCGCCUGUCCGCCUCAAGGGAGGAGUUCGAGCUGAAGAUGAGCUGCUUAGAGGAGAUGGCCAGCUCGUCUGUGUCGAAGGAGCGCCUGGCGCAGCGCGACCUGCUGCUUUCCUCCAAGAAGGAUCCAGAGUUUCGCUCCAUCUUCCAGCACAUCCAGUCGGCCCAGCUGCGCCGCAGCCCGUCCGAGCUUUUCGCCCAGCACAUCGUCUCCAUCGUUCACUACAUCAAAGCUCAACACUUCCCCUCCUCAGACAUGACUUUAAGUGAGCGCUUUGCCAUGUACCAAAGAAAAGCUGCAGAGGCAGAAAUGAUGAAGCCAAGGAAGAGCCCAGAAAUCCACAGGAGAAUCGAUGUUUCCCCCAGUGCCUUUAAGAGGCACCCUCACCUGUUUGAGGAGGUGGACGAGUCGAGCUACAAGGACAAACGGUUCAAAGGAGACAUCAUGGACCUGCGGCUGGAUAUUGAAAGACGAAAGAGGUUUGCUGGGAAGGAGCACGACUACAAACGGGACGGAGGCCGGAGCCCCGCAGGCUCCCGGGGGCCCAGCCGCGAGCGCUCCACCGACAAAUCUGGGAAGCACCACAAAAAGUCCAAAUCUGAAGAUUUUCCAAAGCUUGGACAGUUCGGUCCGACCCAGGAUCAUCGGUCAGAACCAAUCAUGAAUGUGAAGCAUUGUGUUUGGAGGGGAGGAGGCGUCUGUGUAGGGAAGGAGUACCUGGCGGAGGGGGCGGAGCAUCUGGAGGAGGGCUACGGGCCCCCGCGCUACGCGCCGCGGGACUACGGCGGCCCCGCCGACCGGGGGCCGCGGGACUACGAGGGCCACUUCCCAGACAGAGGAAGAGGCCGAGGAUUUUUUCCCAGGAUGAGAGGAAGAGGCUGGAGCAGAGGAAAUUAUCCCGGGAACAGCAACGGAAACCCGGCCAACCUGAACGCUCCGGUGCGCCCCCCGGAGGAGGACUGGGACCCCGAGUACACGCCCAAGAGCAGGAAGUACUACCUGCACGACGAUCGUGACGGAGAAAAGACCUGGGUGGAGAGCCGGGGGCGGGGGCGGGGCUCCUUCCCGGCACGUCGUGGCCGCUUCGUGUACCGUAAGGGCGGCGGCGGCGGCGGCAGCCCGAAGUGGGCCCAUGACAUGUUCCAGGGCGGCGAGGAGGGCGAGCUGCCGGACGACGCCAUGGAGGCGGAGCACAAGGAGCCCAAGGCCUCCGGCGACGGGACCCCCAAGUAGAGGAGCCAUCUUCCAGCUAACGGUUGACAUGUUUCUGUUUUUAUGUCUUUUUAAGGGAGAACUUUAAGCUUCAUGUUCUGCAGCAAAUCAAAGCGUUUUUGUGCCUUAGAGGAGAAUAAAAGCUGCUGACAAGUGAAAACGCAGUUCAUGAUUCUGUUAGCACGGCGCCGCUAAGCGGGACCAAUCAGCAGCGACCCGGGCGCCGCCGACACCUCUCUGUGGUAAAACUGGCCCAGAUCCACAUAGGAAUUUAUCUGCUGUAGAGAUUUAGCUUAAAGUUCUGGUGAGAUCCUGUUUCAGGCUGUUUGGACCCGACCUGCAUGUUCUGAACCAACUGUCUGACAUCUGCUUCAGCCUGAACCUUUUUUACUUUAAACUCAUUUGUUUUAUUUUCAAUAAAUGUUCCUUUGAGUCGGGACAUUUCUGGGUUUCCUGGUCUUUUCUAGAACUUCAGCUGCAGGAGGAAAAUCUGGAUUCGAUCUGGAUUCACACUGUCGGGUCAGAUCACAUUUAAACCCAGAAAAUGUUCCUGGAAUAAAAAAUCAUCUUUAUUUCUGUAAACCUGUUGAUUCACGUAGAAGUUUGAUUUCUGGAAACUUUUUAUUAGAGAAAAUUCAGAAAAAUAAAAUAAAACCUGGAAAAUUC